AUGAUAUCACAUAGCCUUUGCGAUUGUAACUCACUUCUUAAUUCAUAUCUAGAUCAGCCUUUCAAGCGUUCGGUCUUCAUCUGCGGAGUCAUCAAAUCUUGGCCUUUUCCUUGCAGAAGGUUCAUCACUUUGUUUCCGAAUAAUUUUGUCUUGUUGAGCCAACUUGUCCAUAACAUUCUUGCGCCAUUCACAGCUAUCUACGUCCCUUAA